AUGUCCACUAUUAGUAGGACAUUUAUUAAUAAAAGUAAGUACACACUAACAAGGAGGGGUAAAAAAUUAUCUCUUUUCGAGGAUUCUAAGAUUAUUACAGCGUUACCAAAGGAUAUACCGGAGAGGACUUGGGCAGAAAUUUUUCAAAAAGAGGAAAAGGAUUUGAUGAUAUAUGAUAUUCGAGAGGAAAUAUUCGAAACAGCUUUGAACAUCUGUUACCAGAACUAUAUGAAGAAGCAAAAUGUCACAUUCACCGUACAUUGUGCUGUCAAAGCAUGGCUUAAGAUCAUCGAUUGGUAUUUUUAUCGCCACGAUCCAGGCGAAGAAGUGAGUGCUUCGCCUGCUUGUUUCAUACCGAAGCGCGAGGCCUCCUGGCAGCCCGAUGAGCCUCCAGAGCCUUCGCCCCGCGACCCUUUCUGUCGACAGAAGCUUGUUGUGUUGGAAGAUGAAACUCAGGAUAUACCUAAAGAAGGAUUUAGUAUUACUUCUUUGGACUACCCGGUUAUAGAAGAAAUACCAGAAGAAUGCCGGUUUCCUGGAAAAGUGAACAUACAGAUGGAGGAAGAAGACAUGAGUAGUGAAGCGGGAGGAUCCCAGGACUACGAUGUAUCCUAUCAAAGUUAUCCAUCUCUAUACAAUUAUUCAGUGGCGAGCAGCACUACUUCAGUUUUUACUUCCGAAGACAAUUUAGUGGCGGAGAGUGAAGUGUUACAAAAAGUUACGGAUUAUAGCAGCGAUAAAGCAUUGAAAGCUGAUUCACCGAAGAAGAAACUAUCCCGCGUGGCACAGUCGUCUGUGACAAUGGGCAGCGCGGAGGCAUCUGUCAAAUCUUCGCAUUCCCGUCGCCAGCCCUUCAUACAGCCGUUUGCGCCGAGCAGUCAGUCAACUCGCUCGCGGGCCACUCUGCCUCCUCUAUCCACCAGCUCUCAAUCACGGCUCAGUAUUAUCUCCGACUGUCGCCUCAGGAACUUGAGGUUGGACACACAAUUCGAGGUGGGCUCCGAGAAAGUGGAUUUAUCAUCCGUGGAAAAUGUCAAACGGAAAUAAUCAUGCUAAAGUUGGCUGAAAGUUAUUUUCAGUAGUUUGCAUUUUAACUUAGGACUUGAUAUGUCGGGUUUUAUU